AUGACGACCAUUAGCAAGCGAAGAAAGUUUGUGGCCGACGGCGUAUUCUUCGCGGAACUCUCGGAGUUCUUCACCCGUGAACUUGCCGAAGAGGGUUACUCUGGAUGUGAAGUUCGAGUCACUCACGCUCGAACCGAGGUCAUCAUCCGUGCGACCCACACUCAAGAGGUUCUUGGCCAGAAGGGUCGUCGAAUCCGUGAAUUGACCAGUCUCGUACAAAAGCGAUUCAAAUUCCCUGAAGGAAGUGUUGAGCUCUACGCCGAAAAGGUUCAACAGCGUGGGCUAUGCGCCGUCGCUCAAUGCGAAUCUCUUCGAUACAAGUUGCUCGGUGGUCUUGCUGUCCGUCGUGCUUGCUACGGUGUUCUCCGAUUCAUCAUGGAAUCGAACGCCAAGGGAUGUGAGGUCGUCGUCUCCGGAAAGUUGCGAGCUGCCCGAGCAAAAUCCAUGAAAUUCACCGACGGAUUCAUGAUUCACUCCGGUCAACCCAGCGUCGAGUUCGUCGACCAGGCCGUCCGACACGUCCUCCUCCGACAGGGUGUCCUCGGUAUCAAAGUCAAGAUCAUGCGAGGUAAUGACACUGAAGGCCGCGGUGGCGCCCCACCUAAACCCUUGCCCGACAUGGUCACCAUCUUCGAACCCAAGGAGGAAGUCAUCGUUCAGAUGCCUGUCUCAGAAAACUCCCGACCUGCGGAGAUCAACCCCUCAUUUGGUGAAGGUGGAUUGGAGGCUGUCCCUGAGAACCAGGAACCUCAAGUCGCUCCUGCAGAACCUGAAGCCGAAGACUUGGGUGGUUAUUAA